AUGACGCAAGAAUCCUCACAAGUCGUGCCCCGCUACCUGACCGGCGAUAAGGCCGGCCUCCAGGAGUUCCUGGCCAAGUUCGAUGUAUUCCUCUUCGACUGUGAUGUGGAGACACUGGAGCUUCUCCGAAAUAAUGGAAAGCAAGUGGUCUUCGUGACGAAUAACAGCACCAAGUCGCGUGCAGACUACCGCAAGAAACUCGAAGGCUUGGGAAUUCCGAGUACAGUGGAAGAAAUCUUCUCCUCCUCAUACAGCUCCUCCAUAUAUAUUUCUCGCAUCCUCCAACUCCCCGAAAACAAGCGCAAAGUCUACGUGAUUGGCGAGUCAGGCAUCGAGCAAGAGCUCCGCUCCGAGAACGUCCCAUUCAUUGGCGGCACAGACCCCGAAUACCGCCGCGACGUCACACCAGCGGACUACAAGAAGAUUGCGGCGGGCGAUGAAUCCAUUAUAGACCCCGAAGUCGGCGUCGUUCUCGUCGGUCUUGACUUUCACAUGAACUACCUCAAGAUCGCGUUGGCAUACCACUACAUCAAGCGCGGAGCGGUUUUCCUCGCCACGAACAUCGACUCCACCCUUCCGAACUCGGGGACUCUGUUCCCUGGCGCUGGCUCCAUGAGCGCGCCGCUGAUAAUGAUGCUGAAUAAGGAGCCAGUCGCACUUGGCAAACCCAGCCAGGCGAUGAUGGAUUCCAUUGAGGGUAAGUUCAAGUUCGAUCGUAGCCGGGCCUGCAUGGUUGGUGAUCGUGCGAAUACGGAUAUUCGCUUUGGACUUGAGGGGAAGCUUGGUGGUACGCUGGGUGUUUUGACUGGUGUUUCUUCUAAGGAGGAUUUCGUUUCUGGCGAUGUUAGGCCUCAUGCUUACUUGGAUAAGCUUUCUGAUUUGCUGGAAUCGGAGUAG